CAGUUAAUUUGAUCCACGUCUACUAAUUCUUCUGCAACUCUUUUAGAGCGAGAGAGCGACGACCUUCUCACAAUUUUCUUCACGCCAAAGCAAAACAACAACACACAAACCCAUCGUCAUCAAAUUAAUCUCCACUGCACCAAACAUUCUUCGAUCGCUCGAAAAUACUGAAACAAAAAUCCUCAAUUACAGUUUCGAAGGUCAAUUUAGGACAUAUUGUCGGGGCUAGAGGGUUAUUGGAUUUACGAAGAUGACUCCAAAGGGCUUGAUUUAUAGCUUUGUUGCGAAAGGGACUGUGGUCUUGGCAGAGCACACCCCUUAUUCUGGAAACUUCAGCACAAUUGCCGUCCAGUGCUUGCAGAAGCUUCCUUCUAACAGCAGCAAGUACACGUACUCGUGCGAUGGACACACUUUCAAUUUCCUAAUCGACACUGGAUUUGUUUUCCUUGUUGUUGCAGAUGAAACAAUGGGAAGAAGCAUACCUUUUGUGUUUCUUGAGAAGGUGAAGGACGACUUCAAACAACGUUACGGUGACAUCAUCAAGAGUGAUGUUCCGCAUCCUCUAGCCGAUGAUGACGAAGAUGAUGAUCUAUUUGAAGAUAGAUUUAGCAUUGCAUACAAUCUUGAUCGAGAAUUUGGGCCGAGGCUGAAGGAGCACAUGCAGUAUUGUAUGAAUCACCCGGAGGAAAUGAACAAGCUUUCCAAGUUGAAAGCUCAAAUAACAGAGGUCAAAGGGAUAAUGAUGGACAACAUUGAGAAGGUUUUGGAUCGUGGUGAAAAGAUUGAAUUGUUGGUAGAUAAAACCGAAAAUCUUCAGUUCCAGGCCGACAGUUUCCAAAGACAAGGAAGGCAGCUACGUCGUCAAAUGUGGAUGCAAAAUCUUCGCAUGAAGCUGAUGGUUGGUGGGGCUAUUCUUGUCCUAAUCUUCAUUAUCUGGUUAAUACUUCGUUAAAAUUUCGGAAGUUUGGUUAUGGAAAGAUGUUGUGUUUCUGUUUAUGUACAAAAACUGGCAGUUCUACUACUUUAUAUAUUUAUUAUUCCUAAUGUUCACUUUCGUUUGGUUAAUCUUUAUUUUACAAUGGAGAGUUAAGUAUUUUUAU